GCAUUUUCUAGCUUCAGAUUGUCAUAGUCACUCCCGCCGUUAUAAAGAUGACAAGGACGAGGCUGAGGUGGAGGAGGAGGAGGAAGGGAGAGGCGAUGGAGGAGGACGAAGAGGAGGAGGUGGCGAUGGAGGAGGAAGAAGAGGAGGAGGGGGAGGCGGUGGACAAGGAGGAGGAAAACGAGCAGGCGAUGGAGGGAGAAGAGGAGCACGAGGAGGAGGAGGAGGAGGAGGAGGAGAAGAAAAAGGCGAUGGAGGAGGAGGAAAACGAGCAGGCGAUGGAGGGAGAAGAGGAGCACGAGGAGGAGGAGGAGGAGGAGAAGAAAAAGGCGAUGGAGGAGGAGGAAGAGGAGGAGAAGGAGGACCACGAGAGGAGGACUAUGCUGGGGUAGCAGAUGGCUCCCCUCCCCUCCGCCUUUUUUUUUUUUCCAAUCAAUCCAUCAAUCAAUC